AUGGACAAACACUUCUUGUUGCUCUCAUCCGUCUUCUGCUGCAUUGCGGCAAUGACACCCCUGAGAUGCAUAACAUCCCUUCGCACACAGACAGAUCGCUGUAGAAGGGGCUUCGGUGUCUGUGCUGCUGAGAAGCAUGAGACAUGCGUGAUCUUAAAGACCUUCCAGGAUAACAUCCUCCAGUUAUCAUAUAUGGUGUGUCAGAGAUUCUGCAGAGAAUUGACAUACGAUCUCAACGGAACUUAUGUUCAUACAUGCUGCAACUACAAUUAUUGUAACUUCAAACUAGGCCGAAUCAGGGAAAGCAUCUGGAAAAGGAUGCAUUACUACCGAAAGGUUGUUGAACAACUGGUUCCUUCAACAAGCAAAUUGCAAGGGAAAAAUAUGGAGGUGGAACUUGUAGAAGAAGAGAAGCUUGAAAGACGUGUCAACCAAUCACAACGUGUGAAGUGGACUGGGUCCUGGGUUAAACAAGCACAGUAG